GCUAAUUUGCUUUGAGGCGAUCUAGUACGCUCAGUCACGGAGAGAUACAUGCCAAGUUCACACCACGCGACUUUCUGCUCGCCGACAGAUCCUGGAGUUGCAGCAAAUCGGAGGAAGAUCAGCGUGGAACUGGCGCUCGCAAACCGGCACGUGAACAAGCGGCGCUGGCGUGCAGAGACAUGGCGGCGCUGAGGCGGGACGUCCUGCUGUUCCUGGCGGUCGCCCUGCUGGUCUCCUGUGACGCCGCACCCACUGACAUCCUGUAUCGGGUUCCCGAGGAGCAGCCCCCCAACACGCUGAUCGGCAGCCUGGCGGCGGACCAGGGCCUGCCCGACACGGGCCACCUCUACAAGCUGGAGGUGGGCUCGCGCUACCUGCGCGUGGACGGCAAGACGGGCGACAUCUACACCACGGAGAUCCCCAUCGACCGCGAGAAGAUGCACGACUGCCGCAACAUGUUCGACGGCGACAAGUGCUUCCUGGAGUUCGAGGUGUCGAUCACCGACAUGGGGAAGGGCCUCGGCUCGGGGCCCCGGCUGAUCGAGGGCCGCAUCGAGGUGCUGGACAUCAACGACAACACGCCGCAGUUCGCCUCGCCCAUCCUCACGCUCUCCAUCCCGGAGAACACGCACAUCGGCGCCCUCUUCGCCAUCCCCAUGGCCACGGACCGGGAUUCCGGCACCAACGGCGUGGCCGAGUACUCGCUGAGCACCGGGCCCGACUCCGACCAGCUCUUCAGCCUGCAGGUCGCCCUGGACUCGGAGGAGAAGCAGCCGCAGCUGGUCGUCAUGGGCAACCUGGACCGCGAGCGGAAGGACUCGUACGACCUGAACAUCCGCGUGGUGGACGGCGGGCGGCCGACGAGGGCGAGCAGCGCCCUGUUGCGGGUCACCGUCACCGACCAGAACGACAAUUCGCCCAAGUUCGAGAGGAGCCACUACGAGGCCGACCUCCUGGAGAACAGUCCGCUGGGACACUCGGUGCUGCAGGUCAGAGCCAAUGACGCAGACACCGGCGUCAACAGCCAGAUCGACUACAGCCUCCAUCAGGCGUCGGAGACCGUCCAGAGGCUUCUGCGCAUUGACCGCUCCACGGGCAUCAUAUACGUCAAAGGCCUGGUGGACCGCGAGGAGGAGAACUUCCUCAAAUUCUUUGUGGUCGCCAAAGAUCGCGGGCCCGACUCCAAGAACUCCAAGGUUCAGGUGACCAUCAGCGUCAAGGACCAGAAUGACAACGCGCCGGCAAUCGAGAUCCGUGGUAUUGGCUUGGUGACGCACCAGGACGGUGUGGCCAACAUCUCUGAGGACAUGCCCAUUGGCACGCCGGUGGCGCUGGUCCAGGUGUCGGACCGUGACGAGGGGGAAAAUGCGGUGGUUACGUGCGUAGUUGCCGGCGAUGUCCCGUUUCAGCUCCGACCUGCAAGUGAGUCGGCCAACGAUCGGAAGAGGAAGUACUUCCUGCAGACGACUACCCUGCUGGAUUAUGAGCGUGUUAAGGAAUACAGAAUUGAAAUUGUAGCAGUGGAUUCUGGGAACCCAGCCCUGUCCAGCUCCAACUCCCUCAAAGUCCAGGUCACUGACAUGAACGACAACACCCCAAUUUUUUCCCCUGCGAUGCUCGAGGUGGACUUCGCAGAGGGCAACCAGCCAGGUGACAAGGUGCUGGAUGCCGUGGCGACAGACGCAGACAGCGGCACCAACGCAGAGCUGGCCUACAGCAUCAUCGAGCGCUCAGCCACCAAGCUCUUUGAGAUUGACGCCAACACUGGUGAGGUUCGUGUGAAGAACCUGUUGGAUCGUGAGGAGACGGAGCGUUACGAGUUCCAUGUGGCCGCAGCCGACAAGGGAGUUCCAAGCAAGACUGGCACCGCUACAGUGGUUAUUAACGUCCUGGACCGCAACGACAAUGACCCAAAGUUCAUGCUGAGCGGCUACAGCUUCUCUGUCAUCGAGAACAUGGCCCCGCUCAACCCUGUCGGCGUGGUGACCGUCACUGAUGCUGAUAAAGGUGAAAACGCCCGAGUGAAGCUGUUUGUGGAACCGGACAACGGCAAGUUUGUCAUCCAGAACGGCACAGGAACCAUCCUGUCCAGCAUCUCCUUCGACCGCGAGAAGGAGAGCACCUACACGUUCCGUCUGAAGGCUGUGGAUGCUGGCAACCCUCCUCGAUCCUCUUAUGUAGGUGUGACCAUCAAUGUCCUGGAUGAGAAUGAUAACGCCCCCUAUGUCACCAAACCGGCCAACUCCUCCUACACCUACUUGACACCUGUCACCCCACCAGACACCCGGGUGGAGGUGGUAGAGGCUGAGGAUAUUGACUCUGGACCCAAUGCGGAGCUGCUCUACACCAUCACAGGUGGCAACCCGUUUGACCUGUUUCACAUCUCGCCAAGCAGCGGGGAGAUCACACUGGCGCAGGAAUUCACCGGCAAGCACAAUGGGCUGCAUCGCCUUGUGGUGAGGGUAAGCGACAAAGGCAAACCUCCCCGCCACACCACUGCCCUGGUCCAUGUUUUUGUCAACGACACCAAGUCCAAUGUCUCUGUAAUCGAAGCGCUGGUGGGACACAGUCUCUACACCCCUCUGGACAGGGACAUUGCCGGAGAUCCCAACUACGCCCUUGCUCAGCGCAGCAACAUACUGUAUGGCAGCCUGGCGGGUAUCGCUGGCGUGAUUCUGGUCAUCGUGGCCGUGGUGGUCAUCAGACACCGGCUGCAGAAGGACGCCAAGAGCGGCUACCAACCGGGCAAGAAGGAGAGUAAGGACCUGUAUGCUCCAAAGCAGGGCCCCAAAACUGGCAAGGGGAAAAAGAGCAAAAAGGGGAAAGCUCCAAAACCUGCCAAGCCACUGGAGGAGGACGAGGAGGCCAGCCUGCAGAAAGGCCUCAAGUUCAACCUCAUAAACGAAAGUGUCACCGACAGUCCCAGAAUCCACCUGCCCCUCAACUACCCACCGGGAAGCCCUGAUCUGGGCCGCCACUACCGCUCCAACUCCCCCCUACCUUCCAUCCAGCUGCAGCCACAGUCGCCCUCCGCCUCCAAGAAGCACCAGGCUGUUCAGGACCUUCCUGCCACCAACACCUUCGUGGGAACGGGCGACAACAACUCCACAGGCUCCGACCAAUAUUCGGAUUACAGCUACAAGGCCAACCCGCCCAAAUACAGCAACAAACAGGAACUAGACUGACUGUGCAGCACUAUCGAGAGUUUCCAUCCAGUUCAAGCCAAUUUGAGGGUAAUUUCAGCAGCUGGUCAGGGAGCAGAGCGGCGGAGAAAGAAAGAAAGAAAGAAUGAAAGAAAGAAAGAAAGAAAGAAGGAAAGAAAGAAAGAAAGAAAGGGAAUCAGGAGGAGGACGGUGAGGGGCUGUUGAGAGAAAAACCACCACCCUAUGAAGGAACAGGUACACUAAGACUUGAACACGAUGCGUUUCUUCACCCCGGCGCUUCCUGUCAGCUCGGCUGAGAUACGACUUAAUUUUGCCGUGUUCCCAAUCAGCGGGGCUGAGAAGUCAAUUGUUUGCACAGAUUAAUGGCAGGUAAUUUUCCAGGCGCCUGCCUCUUUUUACCCAGAGUGCCUUGCUCUAUUCUAUUUAAUGUAUAAAAAAACCCGAAAAGAAGGGGGGGGUGGGGGGGUUCGGAGACGGGGGCCGUUAACCGCCGCCAUCGCGUCAAGCUUUUCACGCCACGUCGGCUGUUUUUUUUUCUUUUUUUCCUUUUUUUUCCCGGCGUCGAUGGACCCCGGGGGUCUGUGGAAACAGAAAAAAACCAAACUGUCUUAUGCACUGUGAAAAAAGACAGAGAAAGAAUCCACGGAGACAAUCACAUCACUGUACAGAAAUGUGAACGACAUUGUCAAAUGUUUUGUGUUUUCCCUUUUUCAUCUGCUGUUCAUGUUGCACCAUUGAUUGUGUCGUAUCGUGUAGUGUCGUGUAUUAACAAGGGCAUUUCACUGUUCCCCUGCUUUCAGACGACUCACGACUCAUCUAAAUACCUGUACCAAAGACACACACACACACACACACACACACACACACCCGCGUGUUCAUUACCAUCACUAUCAGCCAGUUCUAUACGACGCUGAAGUUCAGUCUGUUUUCCUUUGAGUGGCCGUGGCGUGCGGAGCUCCCGCUGGCGUCAGCAGCGCCGCUGACAGUCCUGCUGGGUUAAUUUAGCCCUUUAACACUCGGGGCCGCAGGCGUCACACUUCACUCUGGUCGGAUUUAAAAAAUAAAAGCCCCGCGGCCUCAAAUCAACUCUGCUCCGUCACGCACACGCUCACCCCAUGUUCUGCCCCCUCUCCGGGGGAAAUAAUUGUACAGUGUUCUACUUUUUUGUUCUUUGUCUUUUUUGUUUUGUUUUUACGGCUAAAAGCAGAUUUUAUUUCAAUAAACAUGUUGCAUAAAUGCA